CCACACCUUGUAUGCACAUCGUCCCGCUAACACUACACCAGCGAUCUCCUUGCUUGAAUUCCCCAACCACACCCUUUUUAUUGAUUUCUGUACAACUUCACCACCAUGGCAAGUACCGCACCCCGCUGUACAACGCCAACGUUAUAUCGAAUUCUGGCCACGAUGACAUGGUGCAUGACGCUGUCUUGGACUACUACGGCAGACGGUUAGCGACGUGUUCUUCCGACAAGACAAUCAAGAUCUUUGAGGUUGAGGGAGAGUCGCAUAGGCUGGUAGAGACAUUAAAGGGACAUGAGGGAGCUGUCUGGUGUGUUGCAUGGGCACACCCCAAAUACGGCAACAUCCUCGCCUCGUCCUCCUACGACGGUAAAGUCCUCAUCUGGCGCGAACAACAAUCCUCCUGGCAAAAAAUCUACGAGGUAUCCCUCCACACCGCCUCCGUGAAUCUCGUAGCCUGGGCCCCCCACGAAGCCGGCUGCCUCCUCGCCUGUGCGUCCUCAGAUGGCAACGUCUCGGUCCUCGAAUUCAAAGACAACGCCUGGUCGCACCAGAUCUUCCAGGCUUGCGGCUCGGGCGUCAAUAGCGUGAGCUGGGCCUCCGCCGUCUCCCCCGGCCAAGUCAUUACUGCGAGCGGGAACCAGGCUGGUGCCGCGCGGAGGUUCGUGACGGGUGGAAGCGAUUGCCAGGUCAAGAUUUGGGAGUUUAGCCCCGAGACGGGAGGUUACCAGAACACGCAGAUCUUGCCGGGCCACACGGAUUGGGUGCGCGAUGUUGCGUGGUCCCCCACGGUUUUGUCCAAGUCGUACAUUGCGUCGGCGAGUCAGGACAAGACUGUGCGCAUCUGGACCUCCUCGGACUUGCGGGAAUGGAAGUCUACGGUUCUCAACGUCGAUGCGGUCGCGUGGCGCGUUAGCUGGAGUCUAAGCGGGAACGUCCUCGCCGUCAGCACUGGUGACAACAGGGUCAGCUUGUGGAAGGAGAGGCUGAGCGGUGGUUGGGAGUGCGUCAAGACUAUUGAGGAGUAGAUGUUGAAGCGAUUCAGAAAAGUCAUUCUCGCUGCUUCUUCAAAAGAAUCCCGUUGGGAGCUGUGGUCUCUUGGGAGUACUAUACAGCUUGCACGUACCGCCGUUAUAUAUGAUAGGAUACGAUGCUUGAUU